AUGGAGCUCAGAUCGAAACCAAGGGCAAUCUUCUUCUCGUAUCAGUUCGCUUCGGAGUCUACUUAUCUUCACAGCUUGAGAUCGUUCAUAUCAGAGCAGCUUCCAGCUCGUUUGUCGCAGCACCUGUCCUUGCAAAAGAAGACAAACACCACCACAACCCCCAACCUCUACUACCUCACCACAGACUUUGAACCCAUCGUCCUCCCAGUAACAGACAUGGCCGUCCCACGCGCAAUCCGCCAAGUGUUCCUUGCCAUUGAGCAGGCCGAAGGCGCCGGCGCCCGUGUGCGCCGCUCCAUCGGCACCGCCAAACUCCGCAACUUCAGCCCCUUCCUCAUGCUCGACCACUUCACGAUCGGGCGCGGCGCCGGGUUCCCCGACCACCCGCACCGCGGCCAGGAGACCAUCACGUACCUGCUCUCCGGCGGGGUCGACCACGAGGACUUCGCCGGCAACCGGGGCACGAUCGGACCGGGCGAUCUGCAGUUCAUGACGGCGGGCCGCGGCAUCAUGCACGCGGAGAUGCCGCACGAGAACGCAGACGGCAGCCCCAACGUCGGCAUGCAGCUGUGGGUCGACCUACCCAAGCCGCUGAAGAUGUGCGAGCCGCGGUACCGCGACCUGCGCGCAUCCGAGAUCCCGCGCGCCGUUGUCGACGACGGCCGCGUCGCCGUCAAGGUCAUCUCCGGCCAGUCGCACGGCGUCGACUCCGUCCGCGACCUGGCCUACACCCCCGUCUGGCUGCUCGACGUCACCAUCCAGCCCGGCGGCCGCAUCGCCCAGCCCCUGCCCCAGGGCUGGAAUGCCUUCGCCUACACCCUUGCCGGCUCCACCGUCUUCGGCUCCCACGACGCCACCCGCGCCGUCAAGGAGUUCCACAACGUCGUCUUCGAGCAAGGGGGCGACUUCGUCGAGGCCUCCGUGCCCGACAACGCUGAGUCCGAGUCGCGCUUUAUCCUCGUCGCCGGCCAGCCGCUCGACCAGAAGGUUGUCCAGUACGGACCCUUUGUGCUUACCACCGAGGAGGAGGUCUACCAGGCCAUGGUCGACUACCAGACCGCGUCCAAUGGCUUCGAGCGCAGCCGGGGCUGGGAGAGUGAGAUUGGCAAGAGAAUGACUCGCUAG